UGUAGCAGUAUAGCGUUAUUAUUAUUUUUCUUCCUCACCCGUAUUUCUACAAACCCCUCCUUCUGCACUACGAUUGGUAAAAAUCAUCUGCGAUCUGUAUUGCCAUUGGUUGAUAGUCCCUAAACCUUCUGUGAUUGGCCAAUAUUGCGCUGGACGGCUAUGGAGCUGCUCAGCUGACCGAAAGCGGGUAGUAGAGAAAGAAACCGACGCGUAGGUGUGACUUUAAUGUCGUUUUGAUUGUCAGAAGUGCAGGCAGAUCAAAUAAAUCAGUGCUUGGUGUGUGUCUCAUCAGAAACACCCCGGAAUGGCAUCAGCUCCUGCUCAGCAGCCCACACUGACUAUAGAACAAGCCCGAGUGGUGCUGAGCGAGGUGAUCCAGGCAUUCUCUGUGCCCGAGAACGCGUCUCGGAUGGAGGAGGCGAGGGAAAGUGCCAGCAAUGACAUGGGUAAGAUGCUCCAGCUGGUUCUCCCUGUGGCCACACAAAUCCAGCAAGAGGUGAUCAAGGCCUACGGCUUCAACAAUGAAGGAGAGGGUGUCCUAAAGUUCGCCAGACUGAUAAAGAUGUACGAAUCUCAGGACCCAGAGAUCGCCGGCAUGUCACUCAAGCUGAAGUCUCUUCUCCUACCCCCUCUGUCGACUCCGCCCAUCGGUGGUGGAAUCCCGGCCUCCUAAAUUCAACUAAAUCAAUAUCUAUGUCUCUGGGGUUCAAUAAUUUUACCCACAGUUACUGUCAAAAAUAUUGAAGUUUUCCAGACUAUAAGACUGAAACAGCCGUACACUGAUACAUGUCUCACCGCAAGGGAAUAUUCCAGAACAGUGAUGGAAAUGCAUCGUCUUCAACUUCGCAGUCUGUGGCAUAAGGAGCAAAAGUACAUAAAUCCUAUCAGUUAUAGUCUGGAAAACCCACUCUUCAAAUCUUGAACUCCUUAUAUUCGCAUGGCAUUCCCACUCUUUGUAUUACAUCUAAUACUCUCAAACAUAUUUAUUUAUAUUUGUAUGUCUUUGUGUAUUGUCCAAAGUCUUUUGCAAAUUCAAUUCUGCUGCUGCCAUUUUUUGCCUAUUCCUAAUAAAUAGAAAACACUAAUCUAAA